ACUCAUUUGGUUUGCAUGCGAUAUACACGAUGCAAGGACGUCGCAUGCUCAACGUUCAACGUGGAAUUGGCAGUGAACCAAAUACAAGGGCAUAUCCUUAUGGACAAGUCCUCCGAUACAUCACCUUGUUGCUCUUCAGCUGCAGAUGUGCGUUCUGGGGCUUCAAAUCGUGACUCACAGUAUUACUUUGAUGAUGGUUUAACGGUGUUUGCGGUUGAGAACCACCUAUUCAGAGUACAUCGCUACUUCCUUACGCGGGACUCAGAGUUCUUUCGGGGAUUGUUCACUUGUCCCCCUCCUCCAGGAGAAGUUGCAGAGGGGCAAUCAGAUGAGAAGCCAAUUAUCCUGGAGGGUGUGAAGGAGAGUGAGUUUAGAUGUCUAAUGCGUUUCUUCUAUGACGGCAUGUACACCCCCGCCGUAGUCUCACUUGACGACUGGAUCGCACUGCUGUCAAUUUCAACGCGAUACGUCUUCGAUCGCAUUCGAGAAAUGGCGAUUCAAGAGAUCUCCACCAAAGUACUCGAUCCCAUCAAGAAGAUCAUCCUUGCGAAUAAAUACGACAUACCACAAUGGCUUCCUCCCGCUUUCGUCGAUCUUUGCAAACGCCCCGAAUCACUCUCGGAGUCUGAAGCGGAAACUCUGGGGUUGAAGACUAUAGUACGAGUAGCUCGUGCGCGUGAGUCAGUCAGGGACAAGGGAUAUGUGACGUGGACCCCUAGGAGCUAUUUCCCUCACGACAGAGUCUAUUCAUUCAACGAGAGGGGGGUCUUGUCAGUGAUUAAUGAGGUUUGGCCAGAGUAUGCCGGUGCUAUUGUCCCUGCAUGAACGUAGAUAUGACAUGUGGGAAGUGACCUGUAUUCAUCCGGGAAAUACGCCUUCCAGAUUCGCUGUUGCACCUAGGUUGGACAACAUGAGAAUCUAGAGCACCUGAUUGCUUGCGAUUGCUUGCGAUUGCUUGCGACUGCUACUCAUAAUCUCCGCACUCGUUAUCACACAAGAUCUUCCAUGCCUGCUUAUCUAUUGUUAACCAUUUUCUAUCGUGCACGUUGAACGCUAAUGUGUAUAUAAUGUGACCCACCUUGGCUCACGUCAACGACAUAUUCACUGCGUCCCUGGUUGGUAACUCUCC